AUCACUAUACUGGGGCGCUAGGGGCCACGCAGACCACAGGGUGAUCACCCCCUGCUGGCCUCACUAGCACCUCUUCCAGCAGCAACCUAGUUUUCCCAGAAGGUCUCCCAUCCAGAACAGAAUCUUCAGGAUGGCGAGCACGCAGCAAUCUGCACAGGAAUUCCUAGGAAAUGGACGUAAUCUGCUAACUGGAUAUCAUUUAAACUGUGAUCCUGUAAUUGAGGCCUUAAACCAGUGCAAAUUCUUCCAAACUCACGAGCUUAAUUCAAUUGAAUCUGUAGAAAAUAGUCAGGAUAAGAUAAAUAUUAUACUUGACAUAGUUAUUGCUAAAGGAGAAGAAGCAUGCUAUAAGUUUUUAAAAAUUCUUGACAAAAAAAGAUUUCAAGUAUUUCCAAGACCUGGUUUGGUGUUGCCAGAUUUACAUCACUGGAUUAGUUGCUUCUCCUUCCAGGAUGAACCACAAUCUCAGACAGCAAACAAAGCAGAUUCAGAUCCUUGUACCACAUAUCAGGGCCUUUUGAGAUGGAAAGCAAGACAAAUACUGGAUGAUAAAUGGAACCUAAGCAUGAAUUUCUUAAAAAAUGAGCAAAAAAGGAAACCCUUCACGUAUAUACCCCUUGUUAUGGACACAGAGUGUAGUACUGUUGCAAAGCUUAAGAAGAACAAGGGAUACAAGAAAUCUCGUUCAAAGAAACUGAAGACCUAUAUUCCAACAGACAAGAAAAUGUUGUCUCCCAAAGACUUACUAAUGAAUGAUGAGAAGAGCAUCCUGCUUGUAGGAAAACCCGGAGUGGGCAAGACAACAGUUGCACUGGAGAUACUUAGACUCUGGACAGAAGAGAAAAGCAUUCCAGUGAGUUAUGUGUUUUAUUUUGAUGAGCCACUGAUGAGAGUCUUCUCUCAGUCUCCAUAUCCUCAAACCUUGAAGGAUCUUCUUUUUCAAAAGUACAUAUGCCCAGAUGAAGAAUCUGAUCAUGUCCUGGAAAAUAUUGAGAGCAAUUCAGAAAAUGUUGUUUUAAUUUUUGAUGGUGUCAUGGAUGUGAUCGUAAACUCUGUGAUUAAUCAACUUAUGGAGAAGAAACUUCUAAAAGAUGCAAAGGUCUUGACCACUUGCAGACCAGAAGCUGAGGAUACAGGUUUCCUGUCAGACUGGCAGUCUUAUCGAGUGGAGGUUCAGGGCUUUAAUCAUAAGUCCAUCUAUGAAUACUUUAAGUGGAUGUUGGGAACAACAGAUGACAUUGGUGCUUUGGAAAACCCAGAGUUGUUUAGUUUAUGUUCUGUACCCUUGUAUGCCUUCAUAGUAGCUGCCUGCAUUUUUGUAAGUCCUACUGAAGCCAGGAAUAAACCAUUUACGGUCACGGAGAUAUAUGUCCGAAUUUUUCGCUUUUGCAUGAAACAACAUGGACAUCAAGAUGUGGAGCACUUAGAUAAGUACAUUAAAGACAACAAGAGGGACAUCAUAAAUCUAGCUCUAGCCUCCUAUAAAGCAAUGCUAGCAAAGACAGUGAACCUGACAGACUUGGAUCAUGAAGAUAAGUCUGUGCAAAAUGCUUUCUUAACAAAGCAAUUCUGGAACCCAUCCACAACUUCUUGCAAAGUGUAUGCAUUCCUGCAUAAUACAAUGCAAGAGUUUUGGGCUGCUCUCCAUAUCAUUUUAAAUCCUGACAAGAUCACCACUUUACUGGAUCAAUGCCAAAGCGAUGAAGAUGGAAAAUACCUUAAAUAUAUUGCGCCAUUUUUGUCAGGACUUCUCACGGAUAAUCUGUUUGAGCUCAUAAAGUGUUUGGUGCCAGUAGAACAGAUAAAAGCCACACGCGUUAAGUACUUUCAACAGAUUAUAGAUACUUUCCUUUACACCAAAGAACAGAAUCAAGAAGGCGAUUGUGAGCAGUUUGUGGAAGCUGACAACAUCCUAUUUGUGUGUCGAUGCCUUUAUGAGUAUCAGUCUGCUGAUGCAUGCCGAAUCUUCCUGGAAAAGGUUCAGUAUGAGCUUGAUUUAGAGGACCAAACACUUGAUCCUUACCAGUGCUGUGUAAUCUCCUAUGUGGUCAAUCAAGCUGUGCAUCGGAAAAUUGAACUGGAUCUCACAGAUUGUAGCAUUACUGACCCCGGCUUGAAACUACUUCUAAGCUCAUUGAAAAAUUUGAAAUUUCUCAGGUCAACAAGCAUGCUGAAAUCUCAAAUGUGGAGAGUGGCUCUUGAAGCAGGGCAGUUUUCAGAUUUUGAUAGCUUGCUCAGCUUAUUCAGCUUUGAAAUGCAUCUCUCUGCACUUGAAACACUAGACCAGAAAGUGUUUCAGAGGAUAGGAGAAGUCCUUAAAAAUAAGAGAUCAGAGAUCAGUGUUCGUCUUUUUCUGCAUGUAAAUGGAGAAGACAUAACCAGAUCUUUGCAGAAGGCAAUUUUUGAUAGUUUACCCAAUAUUGAAGUCAUUGGGAUUUUUCCCCAUCAAUUUAAAGUAGCUAUAGAAACAGAGCUCUAUCUUCAAGGAGCUAUUUAUGAGAUGAAGACAGGUCAGCGAUGUGUAAGGAAUCUGCUGUCUGUUUGCAGCAAUAAUCAAAGAGAAAGCUUUGAAGACCAGUGUAAAUUAUUGCUGAAACUGCAUGAACAUGCCAAGGACAUGGAUGUUCUUCCACUUUUGCAACCUGUUUUCCAUGCAUUGCCACCUACAUGGGUUGUACAGCCUUCAAACCGGUCAAUGUCACUACUCCUCCAAACCAUGGAUGUUCUAAAUUUAAAGAAGCCUGCUGAGCUAGAUCAUGUCACAUAUGAGCUGAGUGAACUUAAAAUAAUCCUUCAAUGUAUGCCUUACAUUACACAAAUGAGGUUCAGUGUUGCUCUCAGACAGCCCAAAGACCUCCACAAAAUUUUGAAGAUUGUUGUUGAUCUUUUCAUUCUUGCAUCGGAAAGUGGAGGGGAAAAACUAAAAAGCCUUUCUACAGCAUGCAGUUACUCAACAUUUCCCUUUGCUGAAGACAGCAAAGACAUACAGAGCUUUUUCCUUUUGGAUCUCUUCAGCCAGCUAAAGGAAAGUUCAUCAAAGACAGCACUACUAGCACUGAAGCCCAUUCUUCAAGUUGCCCCUGCUGUAUGGACAUUUGAUUUACACAAACUAGAGAAGACUCCUGCUCUUACUGAAUUACUGAAGCUUCAGGCUGUCACAAAAACUUUGGAGCUCACAAGCUGGUCAUGUGAAAGAGAAAAACUUAAGAAUUUCCUAAAUUGUUUACCCUAUAUUUCACACCUUUGCUGUGAUGAGCAGUUUUUCCAGUCUGUGUGUGAAGUCCUUUCAGCAGACAGCGAAUGGAAUCCAAAACAGAUUGCUGAGCUUGUAAGAUCCCUUGGUUUUAGUAUUUCUUUGAUAGACAUGCUGCCAAGUCGCCUCUGCAAAGCUGUUGCCAGUGUUUUUGAACUUUUGGACAAAGAGGAGGACAUCUCCCUCAGUCUUCUUCCUCAAAAGAUCUCUUGUCAAGGUUGCGCAUGCCUCUUUUCAAAUAUGAAAAAACUUCAAACCUUGAGAGUAAAUGAAACGGCAACGACAAAGCUGUCAAGACUGGUUAUAUCAGAUAAAGAAAUAAAUACUGUAACUGUGGAAGAGUUGUCUUUGGUUUUGUCUAACUCUUAUCUACCAGAGAGAGCACUUUGCCAGCUAUUAGGUAACCUAACUUCUCUUCUUAGAGUCUGGACAGUCCACAGCUUGAACCUUUCUGAAUUUAAAAUUGAGCCUCACUGGCUCAUUUGUCUGCUGUGUCAUCAGGGUCCCUUGUCCAUUAAAUUUCAUGAAGGCACUCUGCAACGACUGGCAGAAAUUGUGUAUGAUGCUCAAGAUGAAAAUUUGACACAGUUGUUCCUGGAGAAAAUUGAUGGUGAUCUGUCACCUUGUAAUUUGUCCUGGGAGGUUUUAUUUUACCUAAUUCAGGGCACCAAAAAGCAAGUCAUACUAGACCUUGCAGAAGGUAGAUUUAAUGUUCUGAAUGUUCCGAGCCUUCUGGCUGUACUGGACACAGUUUGCUUUAAAAGGAUAAGCCCACGGUUUGUCAGGGCUGCACUGAAAGAGAUAUACCAAAAACGUGCAGGUCAUCUGAUUGUGAAAUUAAUCAAAUCUUCAGCUAACCUGAUUAACCUGUGCAUGAGAGAGCUGGAUUCAACUGACUGCAAAGCCCUCUGUUUUGCCCUGCACUAUAGUGAUGGGGUUAAGCUCAACCUUUUGAACUCUGUCAUACCAAAUAAUGAGACUGGCAGCAUCGUCAAACUUAUGCACAGAGUUUCCGAUCUGAGAGUUGAUAGGAAGCUGUUAUUGAGCUUUCUUCAUGCCUCUAAGGACUUGGAAAAAAAAGGAUAUUCUGUGUCUUCCCUCUUGACUGCACUGAACCACAAACUGGACUUCUCCAGCAAUUCUUCCCUUGGCAGUGGCCGUUUUGGUCAAGAGAAUGGGGAUCUUCUAACUAUGAGUCGUAUGGAUUUUACAGCCAUUUCUUCUACCAUUAAAACUUCAACAUGUGACACAGAAUUAAUUUUAUACGACUGCCAAGCAGAUGAUUCUGCACUUGAGAUUCUGUUCCCUAUACUGCACAAAGUGCAUCUUUAUUGA